GGGUUCUGGACCACUUACGCGUUAUACUAUUAUGCUGAGGACACAGGAGGUUCCUCCUGGCUGCACCCCACCCAGCAGACCUGUCAGCCUGGCCCUCGCCAUGUGAGCAGCUGCAGAACUCAGCACGGUGUCACUGCAUCAGCAGAGAGAUUCACUUGAACACUGCAGAACACAGAGCAGCCUGGCAGUUGUGUAGUGAAUGCAACUCUUAGCGGCAGACGUUAGCUGAGCUUUUGGCAUGAGCAAAACUGCACAUAAGGAUGAACAGUGGAUUCACUGAAAUACAAGCAAGGGUGAAGCAAAGAUGAUGAAGGAUGGAAAGUUGUUUCGAGUGAUUCAAGAAAACUGCUGGGAUGCAAACUCACGCUUAAGGGAUAUGGAUCAACAUGGUGUCACAGUUCAAGCCCUUUCUACUGUUCCUGUGAUGUUCAGUUACUGGGCUAAACCUCAUGACACACUGGAUCUCUGUGUCCUGUUAAAUGACGAUCUGGCUCAGACCGUGCAAAGCCACCCUAAGAGGUUUGUGGGCCUGGGCACUCUACCCAUGCAAGCCCCUGACUUGGCCAUACUGGAGAUGAGACGCUGCGUGAAGGAGCUGGGAUUCCCUGGGGUGCAGAUUGGCUCACAUAUCAACAACUGGGACCUCAAUGCCUCUGAACUCUAUCCUUUCUAUGCUGAAGCUGAGAAGCUGGGCUGCUCCAUAUUUGUCCACCCAUGGGACAUGCAGACAGAUGGGAGGAUGGCUAAGUAUUGGCUGCCCUGGCUGGUGGGCAUGCCAUCAGAGACAACUAUGGCUAUUUGCUCGAUGAUAUUUGGAGGUGUCUUUGAGAAAUUUCCAAAACUGAAAGUCUGCUUUGCACAUGGAGGUGGCUCAUUUCCAUUCACUGUGGGCAGAAUUGAACAUGGCCACAAAGUCCGUCCUGACCUGUGUGCUGUGGACAACAAGAUCAGUCCACGGAAAUACCUUGGCUCUUUCUACACUGACUCCCUAGUUCACGAUCCCGUCUCCCUGAAGCUGCUCAUUGAUGUUAUUGGAAAAGAUAAAGUGAUGCUGGGGACAGAUUAUCCAUUCCCACUGGGUGAGCUGCAGCCAGGAUCACUGAUUGAGUCAAUGGAUGAAUUUGAUGACACACUAAAGGAUAAAUUGCUUGCUGGAAAUGCAAUGGAAUUUUUGGGUCUGAAACGAGAGCAAUUUGAUUAACACGAAAAACUGACACAACUGGCACAUCGUCAGUGCACAUCUUCACAGGCUUUACUCAAAUCUUUGUAUUUGGAUGAUUAAGAAAUUCUGGAUUAGUUUGUUUAGUCGAUACAGCUAAUGUCAUUGUUGUUUGAUAUAAU